UAACAAUGUAUUUCUAUUUUACUCUAGGAUCAUGAUGGAAAAAAUAUCUUAGACUGCUUUGAUUGGCCUUUCUCUUUAUAAUUAUUGUAACAAUGACGGAUAAUGAUUUCUAGAAUAAUAUGUAUAUGUUGUUUCUUUCUAAUAAUCAUAAUAUAGAUGCCCAAAAUUUGUAUUUUCUGUUCUGUUGGUGCAUAAAAUUGCAUAUUCCCUUAGUAAAAAGAAUAUUACCAUCUUCUUUACUGGGUUUCACUAGCAUUUCACUUUUUAACAAAAAUAAAGGAAACAAAGACUUUCUAAAAAAUACUUUCUUAAAACACCCUACAUGUAGCGCCAUCUGUGCAUCAGUGCGGGUACUAAUAUGCGUUAGAUUCUGUAUCUAUUGCGUGUUGAGCAUUUUAAGCUUGUUGUUAUUUUAUCUUUCAAAUUCAAGCCAAAUGUUUUCAGGAAAUUUAUUAUUCUCGCAUAUCUUGCGAAUUUACAUGACCUAACGAAAAAAUUUUCGUUUGGACAAUACACCUGACUUCUUAUGUAUUUGGGCUGCCAUUUCAAGUUUUAUACUAAAAAUGGACAGGGUUAAAAUGUAAAGUCAUAGUCAUUAAACGUCUAUUAUUUAUUUGUUUUCAAUUAAAUGCAAAAAAAAAUAUUUAAACUAAAAAUAAAACUUGAAAUCACAAAACCGGUGAGAAUCACAAAAAUCGUUAUCGUGACGCGGGGUAUGGACAUCACUAUAAACAAUGAAGAAAUAAAAUGGCCGUCGAGUGGGUCGCCGUAAAUAUGUCGAGUUAUUUUUCUAAAUGUUCGUUUUUAUCACAAUUACAAUGCGAAUACUGUCUGAAAUGAAUAUUGAAAAAGUGUAUUAUUCUAUAAACUUUAUGUGUGUGUCAUUUGUGUAAAGAAUUAUGUAAGAACAAGGAGUUUUCGUCGUUUGUUGUAUCAAUCGGGCAGCUAGAACAAAUGCAUGAAAAUGGGACUCUCUCAUUUGUUGUUGUUUAUAGCGAUAAUCCGUUUGAUAAGUGUUUCUACAAAAGCAGAAAAUGUUGAGUGCCCACAUAAAUGCGAUUGCCUGGAGCAGUACGUUGAUUGUUCGAAAAAGAAUUUCGUAGCUGUGCCAAAAAUUCCUAAGUGGGUGGAACGAUUGGAUCUCAGUUAUAAUAGAUUGAAUGAAAAUGUAACGGAAGCUUUCGACAAACUAUUGAAUUUACAAGAAUUAAAGCUGGACAAGAACUCUUUUCAGUUUAUACCAAGUUUAGUACACCAUGAAAAAUUACAAGAACUCAGUUUGAAUAGGAAUAACAUUGGAUCAAUAGACACAGGUACAUUUCCAGCUAACAGUUCCAUCAGAAUAUUAAAUGUCAAUAGCAACCACAUUCAAUUCAUUCAGGAAGGAGCUUUAACAAAUUUGACCAAUUUAGAAGUCUUGAAACUAAACAGGAAUGAGAUAAAAUCACUUCCUAAUCACUUGUUUAGGCAUCAGACUAAUCUGAGAACUCUAGAAUUGAAUCAUAACAAGUUACAUGUGAUAAGUCCACUGUUAUUUCAAGGGUUGUCUAAUCUGACUACACUCAAACUCAGGUUUAACAAUAUUGACAAUAUAAUGGAUGGUGCCUUUUUUGGAUUCAAAUCUAUGAAUUUGUUACAAUUGGACCAUAAUAGAAUAAGAAAUAUUUCUAAGGGCUGGAUGUAUGGAUUAGAGUCAUUGAUUACAUUAUCCUUGUCUAAUAAUUUGAUAUCAGAAAUCGACUCUGGAAGCUGGGAACUAUGUACAAAUCUGGAAGUUUUAGACCUUUCUCAUAACCAUUUGUUAGAAGUGGAAGGGAAAUCAUUUCAACACUUGAUCAAUCUACGUACACUUAACCUUGGUUACAACAAAAUUUCCUCAAUUUCUCAAGAUGCUUUUGGCUAUAUGACCCAGUUACAAACCCUGCAAUUAAAUAACAAUAAGAUAUCAUGGACAGUAGAAGAUAUGUCUGGACCAUUUUCAAAGCUGCAGAAUUUGAAUUCCUUUAGUUUAGCUGCCAACCAUAUAAAAUCUAUUAACUCAAGAGCUUUUGAUGGGUUGUCCAAUCUAGUUGAAUUAGAUUUGAAAGGAAAUAAUAUAACUUCUAUCCAACAGCAUGCUUUUGAUUCCAUGUCUAAACUAAGGAAAUUACAUUUGAAUUCUUCAUCGUUACUCUGUGAUUGCAAUUUACUGUGGAUAGUAAAAUGGAUAAAGGAUAAGGCUGAACAGAAGUAUGUCACAGCAAACUGUGCAUACCCAUCUGAUGUUCGAGGAGUAUCAGUUACUAAACUUAAGGAAGAUAACUGUGGGGAUUCACCAAAGCCAAAAGUUGUGGAACAUCCCAAAACCCAUCUUGCCAUAAAGGGACGGUCAGCUAACUUAGUGUGCUCUGCAACAUCCAUUCCAUUCAAUAAUAUGACAUUUUUGUGGAGAAAAAAUAAUGGAAAUGUUAGCAACCCUGUGGUGUAUGAAAAUAUUACAAUUGGAACUAAUGGUCAACCCAGAGCAACAUCUAUGUUGGUAAUUCCCAAUGUGACACAUGCUGAUUCUGGAAAAUAUCAAUGUGUUGUUAGUAAUAACUUUGGAACAACAUAUUCCACCAAGGCUAAGGUUAAUAUUGUCACUUUUCCACGGUUUACAAAAACUCCCACUAAUAUAACUGUAAAGACUGGUGAAACGGUGACACUUAAUUGUGCGGCCACAGGAGACCCACCACCAGAAAUAUCUUGGAAGAAAGAUGGAGGAAAUGAUUUUCCAGCUGCAAGAGAAAGAAGAAUGAAUGUUAUGCCAACUGAUCACUUAUUCUUCAUAGUAAAUGCAAAAACUACAGAUAUGGGAAUAUACAGUUGUGCAGCUAAGAAUCCAGCUGGAACUCUUAUUGCAAAUGCUACACUUACAGUGUUGCAAGAACCAUCAUUUGUUAGAGUUAUGGAAAACAAAGAAGUGACAAGUGGUGAUUCUGUAGUUUUACAAUGUAUGAUAUCAGGAUCUCCAAAGCCUGUGAUAAAAUGGCUUAAAGAUGGAUCCCCAAUUGUUGCUACUGAGCGGCACUUCCUAACUGCAGAUGAUCAGCUUCUGAUUAUUAUUGGAUCAGAAUCUAGUGAUGCGGGUCGAUAUGAGUGUGAGAUUACUAAUGAGUUAGGUACUAAGAAAGAUAUGACUGAGUUACGAGUGUUACCUCCAGUAGCCAUAAUGGUGAAUGAGGAAAAUAUGGCUGGUAUUAUAAUUAUUACAGUGGUGUGUUGUGCUGUAGGAACUUCUAUAAUUUGGGUGGUAAUAAUUUACCACACUCGUAGACGCAUGGCUAGUGCUGUGCAUACUUUUCCCGCCGAAAGUAUAAAAAUGACACAUGUAGUGCAUAGUGACAGUGAUUCACCUCAAAUGUUUUCAGACAAUAUAUCUGAGCACUCUUCGUGUAAAGAUAGUGGGACUGGUGACUCUGCCAAACAAACAAGCUUUGAUGGUGUGCCUACUGAUAGAAGUGAACAAGUGCAUUUUGAGACUGUACAUCAGAGCUAUUCUCCAGUGCCUGAGGCACACAAGCUACUUCCGUCUUCUUUUAAACCCUCAAUUCAAGUGUGUGUAAAUACAUCUGUUACACCAGCUACAUAUAGUUUUUCUAGUCACAGUGGUAAUGUUUAAGUUUAUGAUGUACAUAUAUUUCUAUAGUUUAUUUUAAGUAAUAGGUUCAAUCAUACCUAUAUUUCCUGCAGUUUCACUAAUUACAUUCAUUCUUUCACCUUUUUAUUGUACUUGGUGAGUUGGACAACACAGCAAAUUUAUUUUUAUUUAUUCUCAGGACAUAAUUAUUACACCUAUAUAUACUAUGUAAAUGUAGACACAACAUUGAUUAUUAUAGAAUUCAUCUUAUUAGAAAGUGUUAAGGAGCCAGUCUCCACUAUAAUGAAACAGAGAGGAAACCAAUUGGUUUUUAUUUCUAUAAUCUACUAAUAAAUAACAUUAUUGUCAAAGUAGACAUGUGGGUUUAAAACUACUAUAAUCAAUAUUACACAAAAUAUAUUGUAUAUUAGAAUGUUGCAAGGCUAAUAUCAAAGUGCUUUACUCUCAUUAACAAGUGUUGACAAUUGAAACAAUGUUCAAUACAUAGUUUUUAUUUAAUUGACUAUCAUUCAAUCUAUAGGAAUCCAAACAUUAGAUAAUAGUAAUUUCUAGGAGUUUGAUUACUAUUUUUCUAGAGAUUUGUAUUAUUUAGUCAACCAACCAAUACUUAUGAUUGAGCUACCCAUGUAUGUAUGGCAUUUUUUUACAUACUUCACACUAGGAAAUUUUUUCUACAUUCUACUUAUGUCAGCGUGUAUGUUUGUGGAAAAUAAUAUUGAUUGUCACUAUGGUCCCAGUUGUACAAUAACUUACAACAUUCAUCAAUACAUAAGUGUAGUUAGUGAAAUGGCAAUAAAGUUAGGCAUCUAUGUAACUUGAUUGCUUAGUACAAAAUGUAACAAACUUGCCAGUAUUGGUUUUGAUGUAAAAGACUGAAUGUCGUUUAAGUAAUAAGUAUAUGAUUACUGUUAUUUUGUAAUAUUAAAUAGGCAAUAAAUAUUUUUAAAUUUGUUAUUUCAUAACAAUUUUCUAGAUGCUAUGUCAUGUGAUUUACCUAGCAGCUUUUUAAAUUUAAAUAUUAGGUGAAACUUGGUAUGGACUUUAUCUUAAGUAUAAAAUAUAAUGAGACAUUGUAGUGUAAUUAUUCAAUUGCAUUUCGAAAAAAAUACUUAAAGUGCACUUAAAAUUAAACCAGAUUUUUCUUAUGACCAGUUCAGAGCAUAUUAUUUUGUAAUAAAAUAAUUUUGUGCCUGCGACGAUAAUUAUGCAGUGGUUUUGUGAGCUUAUGCAUACCAUAGUAAUCCACGUAUACUGUUUUGUAUGUCUAGAAAGUAAAAUGUUGAUAAUGAAUAAUAACAAUAGAAAUGAUUAGUAAUGUUAUGUAUAAUGCAGGUAAUUUAAUUAGAUAUUAAAAUGUGUAAGUUAAUAUUGUGUAGAUUAAUACAAAGGGGAGUGUGAGAUUAUUGGAUAUAUAUGAAAAUGGGUGUGAAACUUCUGAAAGUAAGAAAUGCAGAUUAACUUGAUACUUUUGCAACAAAAAUCCAUAUAAAAUUAAUUACUAAUAAAACCUUUGGACUAAGUAUUAACAAAUGAACAAGAUUAAAAUUGGUUGACAAUGCUCAUAAUGUAAAGACACAUACAUUACAUGUUCUUGGUACAGGAAGUGCAGCAAUUGUGUGACCCUGGUAUUGAGUAUUACAUAACAGAAAUUCUGCUUGAUUGAUUUAUUCUUAAACAAAAACGCCAUUUUUUAUUUGUUAUUUAAAUUUAUCUUAAAUGAAGGAGUGUAAUUGUCAAUACCUACCUGCCUAGAAAGAAAACAUGUCGAUCUUAAACCUUAAAAUAACGAGUUUAUUAGUUUAUUUUUAUAUAAAUUCAGUUCCUCAAUACAUAAUUUUAAAUUGUUACAAAUAACUUAAAAUACAU